AGAGAGAGAGAGGGAAGGGAGGGAGAGAGAGAUGGAGCAAUUUUUAAGGGGCGUGAGUUCCCGUGCUUGCUCCUGCUGGUUUGGUUUAUCGUAGAGAGAACUGGCUGAGGUAGUCUAAGUCAAUAUCGACAGAAGACUGACUUUCUGUAUUUUAGCCUAUAUAGUUUGCGGCUCACCAGAGGUGGACGCGCGAGACCGGAGGCUGUGGAUACGCAUCCGUGCCCGCUGCUAUAUGCCCGAGUCAUAAUCGGAUGCAGACGACGUCAUAUCUGAGGACAGGACAUAUGAGCGCAGAGCUCAGUAAGAGGAUGGUGUGACAGACGGACAAACAGACGGACCGUAUAAAUCACCACCCUCAACAGCCAGACCAUGGCCACUGCAUCCCUCCUCCUCACCCUCACCUUCCUCCUCUCCUCUCUCCAUCCCUCUACCAGCCAGGUGAUUGUUAGCUCCUCCACCUCAUCCUCUUCUCUUCCAGACCCUGUCAUCAGUACACCCCUCAAACCCAGCUUUCCCUCCUCUCGUCCCAGAGGCCAGAGUGAUGUGCCAGUCAGAAUCAACAACAGAGAUUGGCCCACAGAGAGAGCAGGUGGGGGGCAGGUGGGUUCUGACCUGGGGCAGGUUGGGGAGGAAAUGGGCACUAGAACUACAGACCAAAGUCAACCCCUUUCCCCCUCUCAGAAACUCAACAGUGGAUCAACCCAAAGCCAGUCUACUUCUGUUGAGGCUUGGACAGGUACUAUGGUAACCGCAGAGCCAAGUGGAGUUUCAUCUGCAAAGGGACCAACGGCUCUCCCACCCACCAAAUCCUCAGGUGAUGAACGAUUAACAUCAAGGGGCAGGACUUUUGAUGGACCAAUCAUACCGGAGGAUUUGGAUGACUGGCCGGCAACUGGAUCAGGAAGUGAACUUGUUCCUACAGUGAUUGUGAAGGGGGAGUCACUGGUUGCGUUGACUACACUAGAUGAGAUGCCACAGUUCCGGCCACAGGCUCAGACAGAGUUCAGCAGAGGUCUGGUGUCCAAGAUGGCCGAAGCUCAGACUACCCCGAUGGUCAGCCUCACUGUUCAAUCCCGCCUCUCUGGGCUGACAAUAGCCAAUAGGAUCCUCUCCACACAGUCACCUGACAGAGUGACAGCCGUACCUGUGGUGAUACAGCCAACCUUCAUUGGAGGAGUAGUUACAGGUAAUAUAUCAGAUAAUACCACUACGCCAACAGACAGACCAAUAGCAGGACAGACCCCCACUGUGACAUCACCGUUACCCAGACCCAUCACCCCUGCAUCCACCAAUCAACAGCCAAAUUCUGUGACGCCUCAAGGAACCACAACACUAGGAGUGACCACCACAACUACAACCAAUAAGACGGCAACAAAAGCAGAACCCAGAAGUACUUCCUCAAGUACAACCAAUCAACCGAAAAAGGCAACUGAACCAGAAAGAACUACAACAAGUACCACCAAACAGUCGACCAAGACAGGGACGACCCCUCUCCUCAUCACUCCUACUCUACAGAUUGUCAGAGGGCGGUACUUCCCCAAAAAUGACAGCCGCCUAGCACAGAGGAACCACUCCAUCCUCGUGGGCCGCCCUCGCCUCCCCCCAUCCUCCACUCCCUCCCCCUCUCCCAGCUCCUUCCCCUCCCCCAACGGCACCUCUCUGCUGUGGGAUGACCUGAGCAGGACGCUGUCCUUCGCCUGGGAGCUCCAUGUCUACGGCUCUGCUGGCCUCUUCCUGCUCCUCCUGGCUGGAGCCGCCCUGGGCCUGGCCCUAUCCCCCAGCAUGCACUGCCCUCACCGCGGUGCCCUGACCCUGGCUAAUGCCCUCCUACUCCUGGUGGGCGCAGCAAGAGCAGCCCUGUUCAUGAUUGACCCCUACGGAACAAGGAAGAUUCUUCGGCCUGCGGUGACUGCUCUCUAUAACCUCCCUCUGCCGUUACUGGUGUGGACGCAGGCUGCCCUGGCACUGCUGGCCAUGAAGGGGACAGGAGUGAGUCUGUUGCCCUCUGCUCUGGAGCGCCCUCCUCUGGUAGCUGUAUUGGCUGUGUUACAGUGCACCCUGCUUCUGGCUGCUGACCUGCUCUCCCCAGCCCUGUCCCCAGCCGUGCCUGUCACCCUGCAGUCUCUGUCUCUCUGCUGGGGCCUGGCUCUCUGUCUGGGCUACCUGUGCUACAUCUUCCCCCGCCUCCGCCAUCCCACUGCCCAGCCACCUGUCCUAGAGGAGGGGAGGGCCGUUAAAGCCUGGCCGGGGCGUAGGAGGGCAGGGUUGGUGCUGGGUCGUGUGCUGGCAGUGUGUGCCCUCCUGGGGGUGCUGUGCUGUGGCCUCCAUGUCCACUCCACCCUGUGGCUAUACGGGAUGUUGGGGGACUGGAGGCGCUUCUGCUGGGGCUGGUGGCUGGUGCACUUCUGGGCCCGACUGUUGGAGCUGGCCUGGGCCUUUUCUCUCCUCCUAUUGGGAUCCUGGGUGUUCUGGAGGCCCCGGGGGGCCCGAGACAGAGGAGAUGGAGGAGCAGGGGAGGGCAGGGCGGGAGUAGAUCUCCCCUCCCCUGGACAGUCCUCUGGGUCGACACACAAACACACCUGCUGGGCCAAGAUAGUCCAGAGCCUGACAGGAAAGCCCUGUGGGAAGUCAGAAAGUAACGGAGUGGGAGGAUCAGUAGGAGGAGGGGCAGGGGAGCUGCCUAAUAACUGGGCAGGGCAGGAACGCUCGGGGGCAGACAUCAGUAAGAGCCUGAUCAGAAACCGUGAGGCUCCACCCUCACAGCCGCGCUGUGUCAAGGACAGCAACCGAGGCCGCAACCAGAGGGGCAGGUCUGCAGAAAGGGGUAUGUCUGACGGGUCCACAGGGUCACUGCUGCGGCUGCAGCCGUUAGGUCGGCCACUACAGCACUCUCAGAGCGGCAGCCUGGAGCAGGAGAAAGAGUCAGGGGUGUCUCUGUAUGAUUUUGACCUGCGACCCCCCUCCCCCAUCGAUCUGGGUCGCAGCAUCGAUGAGGCCCUGCACCGUGAGCACCUCCUCCAUGGGGGCAGCUUGUUCCAGCCCCUGUGUGGCCCCUCACCCACUCCUUCACCAGGCUCAGCUGUCAGCCAGGGGGGGCCCUGGCUCCGCAGGAACAGCGACCCCCAGAUCUCUGACAGCAGCGAGGACCACUCAGCCCGUACAGAGUUCUCUGUGCCACUGGGGGGUAGUGUGCUCAGCAGUGUUCCCAGCAGGCAGGUCACUGCUCCUCCCACGCCCUCUAACCAGGGGCAUCGCUGGGCCGGGGAUGGGGGGGUCAGUGUCCCUUCCUCAGUGUCCUGUCCCGUUUCCCUGCGCCCCUCUAGAACCUCCACGGGACAUCUCGGGAACGAGGGAGGAGACGACACGAGGCCGUUCCUCACCCCAGACUCUGAGACACAGAGUGGGAGGGCAGGCAGGGAGGAUGGGAAGAGCUACCUGGAGGUCAGCAGGCAGGAUGACUCUGCCAGCAUCAGCAGUGAGAUUAUUAACCUCUGAACCCUCAACUCCAACCCAGGACAUCUGGACCAAUGACCAAGCCCCAAACAAAACCAUCAAGAACCAAACUUACGUAAUACCUUAACUCUUAGGUGAUAACUCGUAACUAUAUCUUGUCAACUAGAUAGACUUUAUCAUAAACAUUGACUCAACUACAUUCAAACUGCCAUGUGAAUCAUGGACAGAGGACUUAUUUUAAGAAACUGAGGGAAAAUACAGAAAAGCUUCCCCUGACUAAAAUAGUUGUGUUAUAUGGGACAUUAUCCAGUGUUUGCUCUAAAUCAGAGUGGUUCAAAGGCUGCUAACUGGGAUCAGAUUCUGCGGCAGAGAGCACGGGUUCAAACAACAGAACACACACACACUCAUGCCUACAGAUACACACCUGUGUACCUUUGAUGCACUCGCUACAUUUCAAGCCUCACAUACUGCAGCGCAUACAUUUACUCUUUGUAACACUUCUGUUUAAGGUGGUCUUGAGAGAACAGAGGAAUGGGCACAGGAUUCAUAUUGAUGACAACCCAGGGAUUCCUUAAAAUAUCUAUUGGUCAUCCCUACAAUUCCCUCUGAGGAUCCAUUUCUUAGAUACCAUGUUUUAUGGAUGUAUGUAAAAUAUGAACGUGGUAGCUCCUACUUUUAUGAAAGCCAUGGUGCUCCCUGUGAAAAUGUCUUUAUAUGAAUUUAUUGACUUUGUUUGCGUUGAUAGUAUUAAUCUGCUGUCUUUGAUAUGUCAACUUGAUGCAUACAUCCGUUAAUGUGUUUUUAGGAUAUGUGCCAUAAACAUUGAUAAUAUC